UACAAACAAUAUAUUCCAUUGCAUGAGCCACAUCAGUAACAUAAUUUGAAUGAACAUUCUACAUUAACAUGGAAAUUAUUGCAUCACAAUACCAGACAGCCAUUGCCAGUGUACCCAUGGGUUUACCAGUCAAAAUGCCAGGGUUAGAGGUUCCAAGCCCUUUCUAUUGAUUAUAUUUAUGUGCACUGCUGCAUUGUGGGGUGCGUUGCCUUGGCAACCGAAGACCCAGUUGCUUGUUUCUGCAAGGCGCAACAAAACAAAGAUGAUUUAGUAUGAAGAAUUUUAGAAACUGCUUCUCCAACGGAAGUCCCCGAUCACAGCUUUAGGCGAUGUCAAGGCGACGUUGGCUAGCUAAACAUGCGCGCAGAAACACGUCAUUGGGUCUAACGGUUGUGUCACGACGAACUGCGCAUGUGCAUGCAAUCAAACGAAAGUCACUCCUUCGGUAAAGUUGUCUUUGGCUAAAGGAAAAACGUGUCAGUUUCAUAAAGUUGGAGUAAUAAAAUGUUUAGCUACUUAAGACAUGGGCUGGAAUGUAGGUCGUGCCUUUAGAAAUCGAGGAAAUGAACAACUAGGGAAUCAUUUUUAACUUAUCUCUUUGACUUCCCAAACCCUGGUCGAGUCUGCUUCGCAGGAGUCCCCGAAAGUAUCACGAUGUUGGACCUCGGGGUUUAGAAACUCUGAUCAAAUGUUCAUAACAUUUUUAAGAGUCCAUGUUAUGGCCGAAACUGACUCAAUCGCAUAAAUUCCCGGCGGUCCCAUCUUCAGUCAGCUGUUGUUUUAUUUACGGCUAAGGCGGUUAUUUUAUUUUCAUGAUGGUCUUCAUCCAUACACGGAUGGAGACGUCUUGUCUGGAGUUGGCCCUGGAGGGGGAGAGGCAGUGUAAGGUGGGGAAUUACCGUGCCGGGGUAUCCUUCUUUGAGUCGGCAAUCCAGGUUGGCACAGAGGACCUCCAGAUCCUCAGCGCCAUCUACAGCCAGCUGGGCAACGCCUACUUCCACCUGCAGGAGUACAGCAAGGCUCUAGAAUACCACCGCCACGACCUCAACCUCACCAGAACCAUUGGAGAUGAACUUGGAGAAGCAAAAGCCAGUGGUAACCUUGGGAACACUUUGAAGGUUUUGGGAAGGUUUGAUGAAGCAGUGGUCUGUUGCCAAAGACACUAUGACAUUACCAGAGGGAUGUAUGAUAAGGUUGGGCAGGCCCGAGCGCUGUAUAAUUUUGGCAACGUUUACCAUGCCAAGGGGAAAAGCAUCUGCUGGACUGGAGCAGAGCCAGGAGAAAUCCCUGAGGAGGCCAAGGUCGCUCUGAACAAAGCCACAGAGUAUUACGAAUUCAACCUUUCCAUUGUGAAGGACUUGGGGGAUCGGGCAGCACAGGGGCGGACCUAUGGUAACCUAGGUAACACACACUAUUUGCUCGGAAACUUCCAGCGAGCUGUGGUGGCCCAUGGACAGCGUCUCCUCAUCGCUAAGGAGUUUGGGGACAGGGCGGCUGAGAGGAGGGCCUACUAUAACCUAGGCAACGCAUACAUCUUCCUAGACCAGUUUGAAGUGGCGGCUGAACAUUACAAGAAGACUCUGCAGCUGGCCAUGGUGCUGAAGGAUAAGGCUGUGGAGGCUCAGGCCUGUUAUAGCCUGGGGAACACCUACACACUGCAGCAGGACUACCAGAGAGCCAUCGACUACCACCUCAAACACCUUAUCAUCGCACAGGAGCUCAAGGACAGGGUUGGGGAGGGCAGAGCGUGCUGGAGUUUAGGAAAUGCCCACACAGCCUUGGGGAAUCAUCAGAAGGCCAUUCACUUUGCUGAGAAGCAUCUGGAGAUAUCUAAAGAGACUGGAGACAAAAAUGGUGAGGCAACAGCCAGGAUGAAUAUGGCAGACCUGAGGUUAGUGCUGGGUCUGGGUCAGAACCCAAGCUCAAGCCUCAACACCAACAACAGCUCUGUUCUGACUGAGAACCACAGGACGCAGGAUACCUUACCAGGUGUGAAGUCAGAAGGAAGGAGUAACAGUAUGGAGGACUUGGAGCAUAUGGGACUGGGCCCUGAGAAAACAACUGUAGAAAACUGGGACGAAGAUGUAUUCAGGCCUUCUAACCCUAAAUCCAGCAUGGCCAAGGCCUCCUCCAAACUGUUCUUCAUCAACCGGUUCAGAGGGAAGAAACACAAGAAACACAGCUCUCCUACCAGAGGUGGGGUCCUCCAGGACACCAGCAACAAGCCCACGGCCCGAGAGAUGGACACGCAUAAGUCAGGAGUCAAGAUCGGAUGUUCUGACACCCUGGGUGACGAUGGCUUCUUCGACCUCCUCAGUCGUUUCCAGGGCAGCAGAAUGGACGACCAAAGGUGCUCCUUAUUGGACGGCGAGAGCCGUCUCUCCGAUCCCUUCUCUCCCUGUACUACCCCGCCCGUAGCCAUGAGGAAAUCUACUUCCGCAUGCGAGGCCAACCCGGAGCCUGGGCAUUUCCUGGAUCUGCGGGACAGCUCCCAGGGCAGUCGACUGGACGAGCAGAGAGCCAGCGUGGGCAGCAGCCUCCCCGGUCUACGUCUCAGCACCUCCGAUCAGCCCAUCAGGCUCCACCCCAUGCUCAGUCGCCUGAUGACCAGUGCUGACCAGCCUCAGGAUGACGACGUCUUCUUUGACAUGCUAGUCAAGUGCCAGGGUUCAAGACUGAAUGACCAGCGGUGUGAAGAACCCCCUCCCUCCACUAGAGGUCCUACUGUCCCAGCUGAGGACUUCUUUAGCCUUAUCCUGCGCUCCCAGGCUAACCGGAUGGAUGAGCAGCGGGUCCCACCACCACCCCUAAGCUUCGACCCUAACCAGCCCAUCUCGGACUGACCAGCUUUUGUCUACUUCUACCUCUCCUCAGCUUCUCUCAGCCCAGAAACCAGCACACAAAUGCAUUCCUCUACCAAAGCCCUAACUGAAAAUGGAUCUACCCCACCACACUAAAUCAUGGAGUCCUAAUGUACAGACUUAUUAUUCUGGCAGAGAUGUAACUUUUUUUUUUUGUUAUGUUGACUGGGCUCCUUUCAGCCUUUCUCAGUGUGUGAAUGACCCAGACAGUGCAAUAAACUAACAGAUUUUUCAUAGUUAAA